GUAUCCUCUUCACUGCACAGGAGGAUGAGGCGCCGCAAAAGGGCAUGUCCAAAUAAAAGCUAAAGACACUCCUGGAAAUGUGGACCCAUGCUGCUUAGUUGUGCUCAAGAUGGAGGACAUUUCGGAAUUCCUCCUGGACAGAAGGCUGGAAUGGAGGACGCAUCCUGGAAAAGGAGGGCCCCACUUCAUUAAAAGGUUCAGACAAAACAAAAUGGCUGCCUCUUCCUCAUCAUCUUCAGCUGGUGGAGUUAGCGGAAGCUCUGUGACGGGUUCUGGAUUCAGCGUCUCAGACCUUGCCACACCACAUGGCUCAGAGCGAUUCCUCUGUGAAUCAGUUUUCAGCUACCAGGUUGCAUCCACAUUAAAGCAAGUGAAACAUGAUCAGCAGGUUGCUCGGAUGGAAAAACUUGCUGGUUUAGUUGAAGAACUGGAGGCAGAUGAAUGGAGGUACAAGCCCAUAGAACAGCUGUUGGGUUUCACACCUUCAUUGGGCUGAAAGUUUUAACAUUUGUUGGUUUGGAAAAAGAAAGCACUUGAAGAACACUGCUUUAAACCAUUUGGUUGUUCUACAUUGCAUUAUCCUAUGUAAUAAAAGAACAAUCCAUUGCAGAUGUCUCUUUUACCAGAUCCAGUAAAAGGUGGCCACCGAACAGUUUUUAAAACCUUUCCCCAAUUUUCCAGCAGCUUGUUUUAGGAGGGUGUGAUUUCUGUAACUAAGGUAUGAUAUGAUCAGUUUUCGGAGAAGAACCUAUUUGCUUAAAAGGGAAGGGAUGGCUAUUUAAAAUUACAGCCCUUUACACUGACUUGACCGCAUGUAUGCUGAAAGUUGGCCAUGUAAUAGGACCCUUGUUACUGUUCAAGUUAAACUCUUGGAGGCAGAAUGAAGAUGAAUGUGAUAAAACAAUGGGACAGGCAGAAGAAUAACUGUUUCCUGUAUUUAGAUAUUCUGGCUUUUGCUGAGUCUGUAUUUUCUCAGCUGUUCCUCUGUCAAAUAUAUAUGGACCUAUCAGCAGCAGAGGGUGACUACUAUUAAAGACAGAGUGAAUCUCUGGAAAGAUACAUUGGUUCUCUUUUCCAUUUGUUCCAAUGCACUUGAACUGUUUGACAAAUAAAUGAUUACAACAACUA